AUGCUUCGAGUACAGUCAAUGAUUCCCAUCAUUAUCCAUAGUGUCUUCUUUUGCGGCAUGGCAACUGUUGCUAUCGCUGGAUUCUUGGCCAGGAUUCACUAUCUGACUCAUCAUGCCAAACCGCAUGGCCUAGGAAGAACAGCUUGGAUUUACUGGCCUACCCAGAUCUCUAUGAUCGUUGCAGCCAUCGCCGUCUGGACUUUGGCAUACCAGUUUUUCGCCAUGAAGGACUUUCCAGUCGUCUCUGCCUGGAGCUGCACACUCAUGGGAGCAGCCUGGGUCGCUGCCGCCAUUUUGAAUAAAUAUGAGCACCAUUACGAGAUUCGAUCGAGUAGCGCCAUAUUCGCAUUUUAUGUCACCUCCAUCUGUGGCGCUCUCGCCAUCCUCCAAACAGCACUGGAUCCAGGAUCAGGAACCGACUACUCUGUCACACCUCUGGUCGUUUUCACCCUAGCAUUGACCACAGGAUUCAUUGUUGAGGCUUGGCCUCGCGGGAACACCCGUAUUCAACGCUCAAGUAAUGUCGGCAUGUAUGGCAAGGCAAACCUCCUCUCACGCCUCACAUUCUGGUUCUUCACACCCAUCAUCUCUAUCGGACUCGAUCGGAUCCUCACAGCGGAAGACAUCAAAGGCCAGCUCCCAAAGUCACUUGAAGCAUACACUGGAUACAAACGACUCUCACGCGCCUGGGACGAGGCACUCCAGCGACACAAGCGAUCCUCAUCCACCACCUCAAAGGAGACAUCGCCAUCGCUGUUCUGGACGGUCCUCAAAAACAGUUGGGAGAUGUUAAUACCAGUCCUACUGAGUCGCGUCGCCAUUGUAUUGUUCUCCUAUACGCUACCGGUCUUGUUGAAGGAGCUCCUCGGUUAUCUGGAGGAUCACGAGUCCAAACCAGUCUCCUACGGAGUCACUCUAGCCCUCGGCAUGUUUACCGCGUCCCUAUUUGCUUCGCUCUUGAACACCUACAACCGCUACCAGAUGCUGACCCUCGGCGUUGCCAGUCGAUCAGCUCUCAUCUCAAUGAUCUAUCGCAAGGCUCUCCGUCUCUCUGCAGGAUCGAGGAACGAGGCGAGCAGUGGAAAAAUCGCCAACCACAUGUCAGUUGACGCCGAUCAAUGGUGGAACGCAAUCGUGUACAUUUCCAUGUGGAUCGAGAUCCCCCUGGCGCUCUUCAUUUCCAUGAAGAUGCUCUACAACCUCCUGGGCUGGUCCAUGCUGGCGGGAGUGCUCGUUAUGCUAUCUCUCCUACCCCUACAGGCUUGGCAGGCGCGUGUUUUCCAGAGUAUUCAAAGCGGGAAGCUCAAGGCCAUGGACGAGCGGAUGCGAUUGACGACCGAAGUCCUCUCGUCCAUGAAGAUCGUCAAACUUUACGGCUGGUCAACUGCUUUUCUACGCCGCAUCCUCGAGAUCCGGAACCAAGAGCUGGCAUAUCUCCGCCGUAUCGGAGUCGUUGAGGCCUUCAUGUCGAUCAUCUUUAUCUCGUCCUCCCUUAUCAUCAGUCUUGUUACCUUUGCUGUCUAUGCUCUUUGGGGCGGACCAAAUUUCACUCCAGGGACUCUCACACCUCAGACAGUUUUCGUGUCAAUGACGCUGUUUGCAAUGCUCAAGGGACCGAUCGCCAGUCUCUCAGAUGCCACCACCUCGACCAUCGGUGUUCUUGUCGCCACAAGGAGAAUCCAGCAGUUCCUGCUCAAGGAAGAAGUCAACGAAGCCGAUGUUGUUCGUUCGGAAUUCCUUCCGGGAAAUCCACUCGACCCUGUCAUCUCGAUCAAGAACGCCUCUUUCUCAUGGGCGUCACCAUCACAGUAUGAGCUUCGACCGGACCCAGAUGAACGGACCGCCCUACUAGCGACAAACGACGACCCACACAAUAUUUUGGUCCCAACCCUUCAAUCGAUCCAGCUCACGGUUCCGCAGGGCAGUCUAACGGCUAUUGUCGGUCGGGUUGGUCAGGGCAAGUCGUCGUUAUUGUCCGCGAUGAUUGGAGACAUGUACAAGCUGAAGGGGCAGGUGGAGCUCUGUGGACUAGUGGCCUAUGUCCCUCAGCAAGCCUGGAUCUGCAAUGCCACACUGAAGGACAACAUCUUGUUCGGGAACGAAUACGACGAAGCCAAGUACCGACACGUCCUAUUUGCCUGUGGAUUGGAGCCUGACAUUGCGAUGCUUCCCGGAGGUGACAUGACAGAAAUCGGUGAGCGCGGGAUAAAUCUCUCUGGCGGCCAGAAACAACGCGUAUCUUUGGCCCGUGCGGCGUACGACGAUGCCGACAUUUACCUUUUGGACGAUCCUCUGAGCGCCGUCGAUGCCCACGUCGACCAUCAUCUCUGGGAGAAUCUUAUAGGACCUUCAGGAUUGCUCGGGAAAAAGGCUCGAGUCCUCGUUACUCAUGGCACUCAUCACCUUCGCGAGAUGGAUCAGAUUGUGGUUAUCAAGGACGGAGCUAUCCAAGAGCGAGGGGACUACUCACACCUUAUGGGUUCCAAAAAGGACUUUUACCGCUUGAUCAAGGAGUACACGGUUUUGGAGAGGAGAAGGUCGCAUACCACAAUCAAGAGGCGCCAGAGCAAGGACACUCCGGCUGAGGGUGUGUCUGCCACAGGAGAAGAGAAUGACUCGGAGAAUCCAAGCACUGUGGGAGAGGCUGUCACAGAUCAGGAUACCUCUGACGACGAAGCCAAGGGACCCUCUGAGCCACUUCGGAACACCAACGCUGUCCUCAUCGGUGCAGAAAAGAUGAAGGAGGGAGAAGUUGGGUUUGACGUUGUACUCUACUAUGCCAAGGAAGCCUCAUACCGAAUAACGGCGACAAUUGUCGUUUUAUUUCUGCUUGCUCAAGGAUGUCUCGUCUCGACCAGCCUGUGGUUGAAGCAUUGGAUCAAAGUCUCCAAGGAAACCGAAGACGGCGAGUCGCAGUCCGUGUUUAUGUUCCUGGGACUUGCCGUGGCAAGAAUCAGGGCCUCGGAGCGGAUCCACAGUCAUCUUCUCGAAAAGGUGUUCCGAUUACCUAUGGCAUUCUUUGACACCACUCCUGUCGGCCGCAUCAUCAACCGCUUCUCGUCCGACAUCUUUGCGGUCGAUGUAAGGAUACCAAACAAGCUGAUCGACAUCUGCCUCUUUGGUAUAUCUGUCGCCAGUACCCUCUUGCUUAUUGUAUUUACGACACCGUCCUUUGUCGUGAUUCUGCCCUUCCUGCUCGUCGGAUACUGGUUUGUCGAAAAGUGCUUCCUGAGCGUCUCCCGGACUCUGGCGCGGAUUUAUAUCAUCUCCAAGUCACCUGUCUACCAGCAUUUCCACGAGUCUCUGGGUGGUGUAUCAACCAUCAGGGCUAUGAAGAUCCAAGAACGGUUCAUUGAGAAGAAUGCGGCCAUGGUUGACAGGAUGUCCAACAACUUUUUGUCCAACAUGGGCAGCCGACGCUGGCUGGAUGUUCAGCUUCGGAUUCUAAGCACAGUUGUGUUGCUGUGCGCUGCUCUCUUUGCGGUCCUACAGCGGGACAGUAUGGACCCGAGUCUGGUAGGCCUAACCCUGAGCUUUGCCCUGACGAUUACAGAGGAAGUAACAAGUCUUGUACGCAACUUUUGUGACCUCCAGAAUCAACUGGUGGGAUUGGAGCGGAUCAUCGAAUACACGGACUUGAAGACGGAGGCACCAGACACAACGGACGUUCUCCUUCCUUCUAAUUGGCCUUCAGAGGGCCGCAUCAGUUUCAAGAAUUACUCGACACGCUACCGUGAAGGGCUAGACUUGGUGAUCAAGAAUGUGUCCGUGGACAUUCUGCCAUCAGAAAAGGUCGGGAUCGUAGGUAGGACAGGGGCGGGCAAGUCAUCGUUGACUUUGGCUCUCUUCCGUUUGAUCGAGGCAGCCAACAGCUAUUGGGCUAAGGAGAGUGAUAAUAGUCGAUCCCUCGUUGCAGACGCAGCACUCAUCGAUAUUCUCGACACGGACGAUUCAGACGACGAGGAGUGUGGGGGCUAUAUAGAGAUUGAUGGAGUCGACAUAUCAACAGUUGGAUUGGAGGAUCUGAGGAGGCAUUUGGCGAUCAUUCCUCAGGACCCGACGUUAUUUGCUGGAUCGGUACGAGACAACCUGGACCCUUUUCAAGAAUUAGAGGAUGCUGAUUUGUGGGAGGCCCUGGAGCGAGCGCAUUUGAAGGAAAUCAUAUCGGGGCUGGCUGGGGGGCUAGCGUUUGAGGUGUCAUCCAACGGCGAUAACUUUUCAGUGGGCCAGAGGUCUCUGAUCUGCUUGGCGCGUGCAUUGUUAAGAAAGACCAAGAUACUGGUGUUGGACGAGGCGACGGCGGCGGUUGAUGUGGAGACGGACGAGCUGAUUCAGAAGACAAUUCGGAAGGAGUUUGCGGACAGGACGAUUUUGACGAUUGCACACCGGAUUAAAACUGUGAUGGACAGUGACAAGAUUUUGGUAUUGGAGAAGGGUCGGGUGGAGGAGUUUGAUAGGCCGUCUGUCCUGUUACGGAAGGAGGAGUCUCUGUUCUACCGGCUGGCGGAGCAGGCGGGGGAGAUCUAG